AGUCGUAUCAUAUCUAUAACUUUGGCUAAACUCAAAACCCUAGCUCAAAUCCCGUUUGCCUCCAUUUUCAUUCCAUCAACAAAAACCUAAGUUUAUACUCAGCUUGAGACAUUUGAUAACUAUGUCGGACGACGAGAGAGAAGAGAAAGAGUUGGAUCUGACAAGUCCUGAGGUUGUUACUAAGUACAAAAAUGCUGCUGAAAUUGUUAACAAGGCUCUGCAGUUGGUGGUGUCUGAAUGCAAGCCAAAAGCAAAGAUAGUUGAUCUUUGUGAAAAAGGAGAUGCCUUCAUCAAAGAGCAAACUGGGAAUAUGUACAAGAAUGUGAAGAAGAAAAUCGAGAGGGGUGUGGCAUUUCCCACCUGCAUUUCAGUUAACAAUACCGUGUGCCAUUUUUCUCCACUGUCUAGUGACGAGACAGUAUUGGAAGAAGGUGAUAUGGUGAAGAUUGAUAUGGGGUGUCAUAUAGAUGGCUUUAUUGCUGUAGUUGGUCAUACACAUGUGCUCCAGGAAGGACCAGUUACUGGUAGAGCAGCUGACGUUGUUGCGGCUGCUAAUACAGCUGCUGAAGUUGCCCUGAGGCUUGUGAGACCAGGAAGGAAGAACUCGGAUGUAACAGAAGCUAUUCAGAAAGUUGCUGCGGCAUAUGACUGCAAGAUUGUUGAGGGUGUUUUAAGCCAUCAAAUGAAGCAGUUUGUGAUUGACGGAAACAAAGUUGUGUUAAGUGUGUCCAAUCCUGAAACGAGAGUAGAUGAUGCAGAAUUUGAGGAGAAUGAGGUCUAUUCAAUUGACAUUGUAACAAGCACUGGUGAAGGAAAGCCAAAAUUGUUGGAUGAGAAACAAACAACCAUCUACAAGAGAGCUGUAGAUAAAAGCUACAACCUGAAGAUGAAAGCGUCGAGGUUUAUUUUCAGUGAAAUCAGUCAGAAGUUUCCUGUCAUGCCAUUUACAGCAAGGGAUUUGGAGGAGAAGAGAGCUCGUUUGGGACUCGUUGAAUGUGUUAACCAUGAGCUUUUGCAGCCCUAUCCUGUUCUACAUGAGAAACCUGGUGAUUUGGUUGCUCACAUAAAAUUCACAGUGCUGUUGAUGCCUAACGGGUCAGAUAGGAUCACAACUCAUACUCUCCAGGAGCUGAAACCUGCUAAGACAAUAGAGGAUGAACCUGAAAUCAAGACCUGGUUAGCCCUUCCCGUAAAAAGCAAGAAAAAAGGCGGCGGGAAGAAAAAGAAAGCGAAGAAAGGUGAGAAGACAGAAGACUCAUCCCAAGCUGAACCAAUGGAAGGAGAAUCAAAUGGUGCUGAAUCUUGAUAUGUUGCUAGAACUUUGAUUUGAUUCAAUUCCAAGAACUAUUUGUUGAUUGUUAGUUAAAUGUGGGAUAUUGAGGUAGUUGUGGAUCUUUCUUUGCGGCAUUUUGCAAUACAAGAAUGGCAUGGACAGUUGUUGUCCUUGUCUUGACACUUUUGUCAUGUUAGAAUUAUUCAGUGGGGUUUCCAAUGCUAUAAUGCUCUAUUAUCAAAAGCUUCAGUAAGAUGUUUUGUACU